AUUUCUUACUAUGUUUCGUUCAUAGUUGAAUUCUAAGCAAACUGGACCAACCAGACGACUGACCAAUGAUUUGUAUCUCUUGUAUGAUGACCUGCGCGAAAUAGUAGACACGACCAACCAGCAAACGAACGUACGACGAAUUUUCAAAUAUCUCACUUGGUUAGUAAAUCUGUGUGCAUUGAAUAUUAUCUGUACAUAUGCAAAUUAUUAAUCUGCGGAAGAAUUAUGGAUGAAUCUACAGAAAUGAUUGAUCAAAAAAUAGAAACUCAACUCUUGACAAACGUCGUAGACGAAGCUUGCAGUGUAGUUAUUAUACGCAAAAUAUUAGCAGGAAGAUACAAGGAUGUAAUGCUUGAAUUAGCAUCUGCCAAACUACUUGAAUUGCUUUGUAGCAGAGAUGAUUUACAAGAAAUCAUAUAUAAUAAUAUAAAAACAGAUACAAUGGGCAGCUAUGAAUGGUUAUGUCUGAGUAUAGCAUCUUUGUUUUACUUUAUCGAAUGUAAUUGGACAGGCCCUAUUACAGAUGACGAAGGCAUUGAAUUAUUAUCGAUUAAAAGAGAAGAAGCACUGAACUAUUUAUCCCUACACGAUGAAUGCAAUGAGAAUGUUAAAAGGCCAGAGUUUCUUUACCUAUCUAAAAUAAUAUUCUUAAAUGAGUAUAUGCAAAACAGUUAUAAAAGUUGUCUAUGGUGGUUAUUUAGAACCAAUCUACUACAUCAGUUUAUAUUAGAGGAAUCUUCGGGAACGAUAUUUGAAGAAACGGAAAUAUUAAUUGCAAAUAUUGGUACUUUAGAUAUUUUACAAUCUAAUUUUUUGGAAGCUCUAUUUAAUCUUGAAGUUGCACAGUUUUAUUUGUACUAUAAAAGAAUAGAAUGUUCGGAAAAAUAUUUGACGCAUGUUGAAAAUAUUGCUCAAGUGAGAAUGGAAUUGCAAGGUGCUAUGGGAAAGCGAACGAAAUAUCAAGAAGAAGAGAAACCACAAUUAUUUUUAAAAGUGAAUGUAGACAAAGAAGACACAUUCGAGACAAGAAGUUGCGAGAACUUACCAAAGUCUUUAGAUCUAAAUGAUGAUUUAAGACUGGAACGUAUUCAGUUUUCUGAAUUUCAGGAUGAAAUUGGAUUAGGAGCAUUGGAGGAAGCCAUUGUUUUAGCAAGACAUACUCAUUUGCAGUUAUCUCAGCCAAGAGAUAAACUUACAGAGGAAGAAAUUAGUCCAUAUGUAACUAAAGUAAUCGACAAUACGAAGAAUUGGUCAUUAAAAAGGACAGCUCUUUAUUAUCGAUGCAUUUAUGAAGCUAAUGACAAAAGAACUGUAGAGCGAUCAAUGUUACAAGCUGAAUAUUUAUUAAAAGAAAUGAAUGAUCGUAAAGUCACGAUGGCAGAAAGAUUUGACAUAUUUUUUGCCAGUGGAAUGAAGCCUGUAUGGUUGUUAGAAGAAAUUUUGGCUAAUAUCAUGCUUAGUCUUGGAUUGGUGAAAGGAGCUUUAGACUUGUUUAUCAAGUUGAAACUUUGGGACAAUGUUAUUAUUUGUUAUAACAUAAUGGAAUUGAAACACAAAGCUGCAGAAAUCAUACGCCAAGAGAUUGCUAAAAAAGCAACGAUUAAAUUAUGGUGUUUGUUGGGUGAUGCAACUGGCGAUGUAGAGCAUUAUAAAACGGCAUGGAAAUUAUCAGAAGAGAAAAGUAGUCGUGCGCAAAGGCAUUGGGGAUUCUUUUAUUUUGCAAAAAAAGAUUAUGCCGAAGCUAUACCACACUUACAGUUAUCAGUUGAAUUAAAUAAUAUCCAAGAGGACGUAUGGUUGAGACUUGGCUUUGCAGCAUUGCAAACGGAGAAUUGGAAACUAGCGGCAAUGGCAUACCGACGAUAUUGUGCUUUAGAACAAACCACCUUCGAGGCGUGGAAUAAUUUAGCAAAGGCAUAUAUAAAAUUAGGUGACAAAUACAGAGCAUGGAAAGUCCUUUACGAGGCGAUCAAGUGUAAUCACGAUCGUUGGGAAGUUUGGGAUAAUUUAAUGGCCGUUUGCAUCGAUUUGGGACAAUUUUUGGAAGUAAUAAGAUGCUACAAUCGCAUUUUAGACUUAAAAAACGAGCAUUCAGAUAUACAGAUUUUGGAAAUAUUAACGAACGCCGUUGUAAACGACAUCAAAGAUGCCGAUGGCAAAUCAUGUAAAAACUUGUUACUUCUACCGACGCUUCAAUUAUUUGCCAGAAUUACGUCUCGUAUAACCAAUAAUUCAGAUCUUUGGAGAUUAUAUUCUGAAUUAACGAUGCUUAAAAAAACUGACCUUGAUGAUCAGAAAGCUAUACAAUAUUUGCAGAAGGCGUAUCGUGCUGCUGUAUCAGAUCCCAAAUGCUUUCAAAACGAGAAUACAACUUUAUCCGUUCUGCAAUUGUGCUGUAAAUUAUCGAAGACGUAUUUACGUUGUUCGUCUUAUUGUACAGAUCACACGAGAUCUAAAAGAGCAUUACUAGGUAGUGCUAAAUUAGCAUUACAAGGAGUUAUAAAAAAGGUCAGAGAUAUAUAUUCAGAAAAUCCUAAGCUAAUGAAAAGUUUACAACAAGUUGAAGAACAUUUCAAAGUAAUUUCAAAUGAAUUGGAAAAAAUGUGUUCUCCAACAGCCGAUAAAUUUUACUAAUAUUAUUCGGUAAGUGUCCAUGAUGAUGAUGAUGAUGAUGAUGAUAAAAUAAUAAUAUUUAGUAAUUAAUGCCAAAACCAGAAAUUUGGAUCAAUGAAAUCAACACUUGACAUAUUUUUUUUUAAUACAGAAAGUAGGUCAAGUCGUCUAACGAAAACCUUUCUCAUACCAAUAUCUUGCAAUUGUCGAUAAUUAUCUGCAAGUAUGCCUUCUCCGUUCGAUAGUGUUCUAAAUUUGUUCAUCUAACGAAAUAUAUUAUUAUUCUUUAAAAAAGAAAAUACGAAUAAAAAAAGAACAGAUUAAAAAUUAAGUAGCAUAUGAUUGUACCUGUCGAAAUGAGAUUUUUACUGGCAUUGAAAAAAUAAUCCAAGUUACUACUUCAUUGCACGGUGGUGACGUUAACGAUCCUUUGUAAGUGUAAAAAGUAUCUGUAUAUUUCGGUAUUAAAGAAGACAAAGCAAUUGAA